GAUGGGCCAACUACCCAAUACCGCAAUAAAAAUAACAUGUACUUGUGGGGACAUAAGAUCGCUGAGUACGGCUUCAAGAAAUCUACUUGGAAUUUCCUAGAAGCAGCACAUGGGAAAGGUGCCGCUGAUGGCGUCGGCGCUGCUGUUAAACGUGCAGCCGACCAACAGGUCAUAUUGAAAAAGAAUGACAUAACGUGUACUAAGGACUUCUAUCAGCUUUUAUCUGGUGGUACAUCUACAUCCACAGUGAAAAUGUUUCUGGUUGAAGAGAAUGAACUCAAGAAAGUUGAUGCUGAAUUACCUAGUGACCUUCGUCCUAUUCCAAGCACAAUGAAAAUCCACCAGAUGAUCAUUGAGGGUCCGGAUUCAUUCGCUACGAAAGUGGUGUCAUGUUUCUGUAAGCAUCCAACAACGUUAUUGUGUGACUGUUAUCAGCCAGAUACUCACCAGUUGCCCCCGAGAAAGUUGCCAGCAGACGAUGAAGGAAAGCAAUUGAAACAAGCUACUGAAGAGACGUCUAAGGUAAAGACGUCUAUGGUAGAAAAGGCAAGUUCCAUUCAAAAUUACAUGUGUGUGGCCUUUCUAAAAACAUGCGCUGUUUACUAAUACAAAUUAAGUUUUGAGCAUUUUUGUAAAAAGUAUAACCCGUAUUAAUGUGUAGCAAACAUUUGUAAUUA